GAGCAAAGAUUUUAUCCGAAGUUGGCCAGUCUGCUGUGAGAGUUUUUCAACAAACAAGUCGAAAAUUUUUCCACGGGAAAAUAAGACAAUUUUUCGAAUUUUCUUUGAUUAAAUCGUAAAUUGCAAACGCAGUGACGUUUCAAUUUUAGUUAUAAAACAAAAGUAGAAAUUUAAAUUACUGAUAAACAGAUAUAAAAAGAACAAUAAUAAUGUUGGUUAAUGAAGCCCGUUUGAUGUUGAGCCGUACUGGUGCUCUAGCCGCACGUCAGCAGUUGCGUUCCCUUACCUCUGGCAAUCAACAAAACCAGCAGGCUCAAGCCCAAGAAACCCCUGCACCACAAAUUAAAACUUUCCAAAUCUAUCGUUGGAAUCCCGACAAUGCUGGUGAAAAGCCUUACAUGCAAACCUAUGAGGUUAACUUACGCGAAUGUGGUCCCAUGGUUUUGGAUGCUUUGAUUAAGAUCAAAAACGAAAUGGACCCCACUUUGACUUUCCGUCGUUCAUGCCGUGAAGGCAUUUGCGGUUCCUGUGCCAUGAAUAUUGCCGGUACCAAUACAUUGGCUUGCAUUAGCAAAAUCGAUACCAACACCUCGAAACCAUUGAAGGUUUAUCCUUUGCCCCAUAUGUAUGUGGUACGUGAUUUAGUGCCCGAUAUGAAUAACUUCUAUGAACAAUACAGAUCUAUUCAACCCUGGUUGCAACGCAAAAACGAAGCCACCGAACAAAAGGGUAAAGCUCAAUACUUGCAAUCCGUUGAGGAUCGUUCCAAAUUGGACGGUUUGUAUGAGUGUAUUUUGUGUGCUUGCUGCUCUACCUCUUGUCCCUCUUACUGGUGGAAUUCCGAAAAGUACUUGGGACCUGCCGUUCUUAUGCAGGCCUAUCGUUGGAUCAUCGAUUCUCGUGAUGAAAGCACCUCCGAACGUUUGGGCAAACUUAAGGAUCCUUUCAGUGUCUACAGAUGUCACACCAUCAUGAACUGCACACGCACCUGCCCCAAGGGUUUGAAUCCCGGUCGUGCUAUUGCUGAAAUUAAGAAACUUUUGUCUGGUAUGGCUUCGAAGCCCGAACCCAAAUUAGACACAGCUGCUUUACAUAAGUAAACAGCUGGACAACUGUUUUGGAGGAUAUUAUUUUCGUUUUCUUCGCUUGACAAUGUGUUUCCAGUUUUUCCUUUAAAUUAUCUUUGUACUUAUAAAGUUUCCACAAAAAGAACAAUAUUAUUGUUUUGUCUAUAAAGAAAAGCAUUAAGUUUUCCUUUUCUUUUUUGAACUACUGUAGCUUGUUAUU